CUGACGCAGGGGCAGUUGAUGUGCGCGUUGGCAGGAUUUUUUUAAACGCGUUGACACGGGAAGGCAGAGAGUAAACACGCCGGGGCGGAGGUAAACCGCAGAUGAGCAGCUACGGCGACGGAUACAUACAGUCUAGAAAUCUAACCUGCUCUUUAAAAACCCGAGAAAGACAAGUUAGCUACGCAACAGGAGAAAGAGGAAAAUACCGACCUUCUCCAACCCAGGAAAAAAUGGAGCCCCUGCUUUUCCGGUUGCCUGGCCAUGGGGACACAACACUGAAGCACAUGAAUUUUUUGAGGUCCCGCCAGAAUUUCUGUGACAUUACCAUUGUGGCCAGUGAAAACAAAACAUUCAGGGGCCAUAAAGUGGUGCUGGCUGCUUGCUCCCCUUUUCUGAGGGACCAGUUCCUCCUGAACCCCUCCUCAAAGUUACAGGUAUCAGUGCUUCAUAGCUCCACGGUGGUGUGUGACCUGCUGCAGUCCUGCUACACAGGUGUGUUAAAAUUCAACCCAGAGGAGAUAGUCAACUACCUGACAGCUGCCAGCUACCUGCAGAUGGAGCAUAUAGUGGAGAGGUGCCGGAGUGCCCUGAAAAAGUACUUGCAACCAAGGAACCCUAGCCCACCAAGGAUCAAGACAGAGGAAAGCCAGUUGACUCCAGUGAUAGUCAGUGGCAGCGCUCAAUCUGUCGCCUCCAUAUCACCCCCCGCAGGCUGUGCCUCCCCCGUGCAGCAACACAGCCCUGCAGCCCCAGUACUCUCCCUGGAUGAAAACAAUUCUGAUGACCACACUGAACAGGCCUGCAGCCAACACAAUAGUGAUAGCUCUGAGCUAAAAGAGUCAUCUGUUCAAGUGAAUGCAUCAGCUGAGGAGGAGGCCAGAGGGGAUGACUAUGACAUCUUAACAGUUUACAUCCCUGAAGAGGAGCAGAGCGCCGGGUGCAGUAAAGAUAUGGAUCAGGAGAGAGCAGGUCCUUCCAGCGGGCCUCAAGAGGCAUGUUUUUCAGAGACUGACGUCAUCAUGUUAAGAGAAGGGGUCAAAUUUGAUUUGAAUCCAACCGAACAAGAUCUUGACACCGGCAGCUUCUCCAGGGAGGGUCUCAGCCUGGACGGGUUUCGCACUUUUAAGCGCAAACUCCCAGAGCCUAAAGUCGGCCGGGGGAGAGGGAGGGGAAGGGGUUUCAAGAGGUGGAAGUGGGUCUCGUCACAGGAGAGGAGGUCCACGGGUUCGGCUCACCAUCAGGAUCUGUGGUCCCUGUCCACUGCUGGGAUGGGAGGGGGAUUUGGGCUGGACUACAGCCAAGAGAGCCUCAAAGCAGGAAAUUACCUCUCAAUUGAUCUCUCAGCAAUGGACUUCAGCAUGGGGGAGGCACAGGGAGAUGUUUCCCCCAUGGCUGCUGGCAUAGCCCCAUAUGCCUUGGAAGAGUCUAGUGGCAAUACUGGAGGAGGAGGAUCCGGUCUGGGAGCUGUUCCAACGAAUGAAGGAGGGGAUGAGUCAGUGGCAGUGGUGGGGUCCACCUCCAGUGUGGCAGGUCCGGUCACAUGUGAGCACUGUGGAAUGACAUUUCCCUCUGCCCAUUCGCUUGCCAUCCACUCUCGCUCUAUCCACCUGCUGUACGCUUGCCCCUGCUGCGGCAAGCACUUUCACCACUCUGUCAGCCUCACCCGGCACUUGGCUGUCCACCGAGGGGCCGGCAAGACCCAUCAGUGCCCGCUGUGUUACAAGACCUUCACCCAAAAGUCCACACUGAUUGACCACAUGAACCUGCACAGCGGUGAGCGCCCACACCGCUGUGCAUACUGCCACGCCCGCUUCGCCCACAAGCCUGCCCUGCGACGGCACCUCAAGGAGCAACACGGGAAGACCACAGGGCAAAAUUCCCUUCAUGAACAGGAGGAGAGGGAGAGGGAGCGAGGAGGAGGAGCAGGAGCAGGAAGACAGAUAAGGGAGGAAGAGCAAGAACGCCCAAUCACUGAGCAGUCAUCGUAGGCCACAGAUUAAAAAAAUAAAUAAAAUAAAGGCACUGAAAUGCCCUAAUUGUGUGAACAUCCACAGAUUUUGCAGCUCGGUUAAAAGCUGUGCAGUGGCAAAAUUAGUUCACAGAAAGGUGAAGUCGCAUUCUGACACAAGCAUUUAUAUGGACAGUCAGCAUAUGUAAUUUUUCCGCUUUGAGUAAACACUUAAAUCUGAUUUCUCAUGCAUCAUGUAAACAUUUGCAUCUCUGUGCAUUCACACCAGCAGGCUAAAUAAUAGUAAUGGAGGAUGAGGAUAACCACUCGUUAUUGUACUGAUGUGGCUGCGUCCAAAGCUUCAUACAUGCCUCAAAGUGACGUGGUGAGGCUUGAAAUCAAAAAAUACGAGUCCUCCAUUAAAAGUUGGUUGAUCUGAUGAUCCUCCAUUAUAAUGAGUUAAACUAUCAGUCAUUUAAUGUAAAUAAAAUGAUUGUGUGUAAACUAAAUAACUGGAUGAUUUACAUUUCAUCCCAAACUGUAAACGGUUUGUUACAUUUAAAUAUUGGUAAUUAAC